UCUUGUUCCUUGAGGAUGUUUUCCAAGGAGGCCGAGCCGACUGCAGGCGGGUGUUCGUGGAAAGCACCCAGAAAUGCUGCAUUUCUCGUAAUUGUGGAGAGCAAAUUAGCUCUUGUGUUAUUAUCCUUCAGUGGGGCUAUUGGACUGACUUUUCUUAUGCUGGGAUGUGCCUUAGAGGAUUAUGGUGUUUAUUGGCCCUUGUUCGUCCUGAUAUUUCACGCCAUCUCUCCCAUUCCUCAUUUCAUUGCCAAAAGAGCAACAUAUGACUCUGAUGCAACAAGCAGUGCCUGUCGGGAACUGGCAUAUUUUUUCACUACUGGAAUUGUUGUUUCUGCCUUUGGAUUUCCUGUUAUUCUUGCUCGUGUGGCUGUGAUCAAAUGGGGAGCGUGUGGCCUUGUGCUGGCAGGCAAUGCAGUCAUCUUCCUUACAAUUCAAGGUUUUUUCCUUGUAUUUGGAAGAGGAGAUGAUUUUAGCUGGGAGCAGUGGUAGCACUAUAUUCUGAUAAAACGCAUUUAAUUUCUUAUAAUUCAUACUAUAUGUGUGUGCACAUGUGGCUUUUUGCUAUGAAAUUCAAUAUGCUGGGUUGUUUUUUUUUAUACUUUUAUAUCAUGUUCACUUUAAGGAGGACUGUAUGAGAAAGAGAUUUGUUUUAGUACCAGCAAAUAGACCACUCCAUGUACUCACGUUGAAUUAUGUUACUUGGCUCUUCAUAUAGUCAUGGUGCUCUCAGAAAAUAUAUUAACACAGUCUUGUAGCCAGCUGCUCACAUAUGCAAUGCAUCUACACCUUUUGCCUGGGGAUGUGCUUGGAUAGGAGCAGGUCUCAGUUCUGCUCAGGAUUUCAAGAUACACUUGUGGCCCAGAGAGACAGAGGUGGCUCCCUCUUUGUGUGGUGGACCCUUGCUUCUCAGAGUGUGGUCCAUAGACCAAGAGCAUCGGCAUCUCCUAGGCACUUACUACAAAUGCAGAAUCUGAGGCCCCACCCCAGACCCAAUGCAUUUUGAUGAGACCCCCAAGUGAAUUGGAUGAGAAGCGCUGUCAUAGAGGACUAAGUAUCAUACACAGUUCCCUUCUCUUCCCCUUGCAGAACCCCUUAACCUCUGCUCAUUUAUGAAAAUUGUUUCACCUGCCCCCAUGUUGAGGCCUAGUUCAGACUCGCUUUGGUAUUUGUGAAAUGUCCUCACCUGUAAUGUGUAGGCUGUUCCUCAAAUUUAUGAAGUGUUCUCAGGAACCAGUCCCUGCUUUAACAGGAUGAGGAAGACUAGAUAGGUGAUUCCGUUUAGUUUCCCUUUAUUAUCCGACACUUCUGUCCCAUUCCUUCCUGUGCUGCUCCUCCUCCCCUCCCCAAACACAUACUAUCAGCAGUUCUGAUUGGUCCUUGCUUCUUCAUGGCUGUGGUCCAUCCUUUCUAUAGAGACAUGGAACCAGGUAAGCAAGCAGAGGGUGAGCUGCUUAAUUUUCCUUACAUGCUGAUGUACUUACUAUCUUUUAUGUCCUGUAGGACUUUUUAUAUAAAUAGUAACACUUUAGGCCACUUUUAAAUGAAUCAUGAGGAAUACAUGUCAUGCUGGAUCCUAUAAUCACAGUUUUUCUAGCUCAACUUGAUGUCCAAGAGAAAGGGAAAUAUGGGAAUUAGAACCACUUAAUCAGAAUAGUAGAAGCAGUGAUUUUAGAGUAUUGUUAAUGUGUGAUAACUGACGUACAUUCAAAACACUGACCCUUUAAGUUUGUAAUCUGAGUAAUUAGCAUAUCCUUUCAUAUUCUGGAAUCAUACUGAGCCCAGAAGAAGAUAAAAGUGAUCCCUAAAAGGACAGUAUGCAAAGUUACAUUUUGACCUUGUGCAUGAUUUUAUGUUUUCAGUGUUCUGUGUACAUAUAGAAUUGUUGAAGUUAUUAUUUCCAAUAUUUAUAUUAGAAAAAAUAUAUAGACACUUUAUAAUUUUAACCAGCAUUUUUAAUAACACUUGCACUUAUUGUAUUGUAAUAAAUUUCACUUUAAACACAAAA